GGGCCGAGCUCCGGCUCCGGUCGCAGCUCUCGGGCUGAGUGCGGGGCGGCUGCAGCCCCACCGCCCCCCGCCGCCCCCCAUCCCCCAGGCGCUAUGGGGGCCCUGCGCGCCCUGCCCUGGGCUCUGCUGCUGCUGGGGCCGCUGCUCCCCGGCCAGGGCUUGCAGGCGGAUCGGCUGCUCACCCCCAGCUCCCCCCCGGCCCCGGGAGAAGAAACCGGGGGCUUCACCCCGGCUCCCCCCGCCUCCGCCCAUGAGAUCCACCCGCUGGGCAAAGUACCGGGCAACGGCUCGGGUGAGGGGCACGGCAAGCACCGCAAAGCCUUCCCGGUCCUGGGCAUCGACUACACCCAUGUCCGCAUCCCCUUCGAGAUCUCCCUAUGGAUCCUCCUGGCCUGCCUCAUGAAGCUGGGCUUCCAUGUGAUCCCUUCAGUAUCCAACAUUGUUCCCGAGAGCUGCCUGCUCAUCGUGGUGGGCCUUUUGGUUGGGGGGCUCAUCAAAGGGGUGGGUGAAAAGCCCCCCAUCCUCAAGUCGGACAUUUUCUUCCUCUUCCUCCUCCCACCCAUCAUCUUGGAUGCUGGCUAUUUCCUCCCUUUGCGCCAAUUCACCGAGAACCUGGGCACCAUCCUCAUCUUCGCCGUGGUGGGGACGCUCUGGAAUGCCUUCUUCUUGGGUGGCCUGAUGUACGCCGUGUGCCAGCUCGGUGGCCCUGGUCUGAACCACAUCGGCCUCCUGGCCAACCUGCUCUUCGGCAGCAUCAUCUCAGCCGUGGACCCGGUGGCCGUGUUGGCUGUCUUUGAGGAGAUCCACAUCAACGAGCUGCUCCACAUCUUGGUCUUCGGAGAGUCCCUUCUGAAUGACGCCGUGACGGUCGUCCUCUACCACCUCUUCGAGGAGUUUGCCACCUUCGAGCAGGUGACCAUUAUCGAUAUCAUCCUCGGCUUCCUCAGCUUCUUCGUGGUAUCGCUGGGCGGUGUCUUCGUGGGCGUCAUUUACGGGGUGAUCACUGCCUUCACAUCCCGCUUCACCUCCCACAUCCGAGUCAUCGAGCCCCUCUUCGUCUUCCUCUACAGCUACAUGGCAUAUCUCUCUGCAGAGCUCUUCCACCUCUCCGGCAUCAUGGCGCUCAUCGCCUCUGGCGUGGUCAUGCGGCCCUAUGUAGAAGCCAACAUCUCCCACAAGUCCCACACCACCAUCAAGUAUUUCCUCAAGAUGUGGAGCAGCGUAAGUGAAACCCUCAUCUUCAUCUUCCUGGGUGUCUCCACCGUGGCUGGCCACCACUACUGGAACUGGACCUUUGUCAUCAGCACGCUGCUCUUCUGCCUCAUCGCAAGAGUUCUAGGUGUCCUGGUUCUCACCUGGUUCAUCAACAAGUUCCGAAUUGUGAAGCUGACACCGAAGGACCAGUUCAUCAUUGCCUACGGGGGUCUGCGAGGAGCCAUCGCCUUCUCCCUCUGUUACCUCCUGGACUAUAAGCACUUUGGCAUGAGGGACAUGUUCCUCACGGCCAUCAUCACAGUCAUCUUCUUCACAGUCUUCGUGCAGGGCAUGACCAUCCGGCCCUUGGUGGACCUGCUGGCCGUGAAGAAGAAGCAAGAGACAAAACGCUCCAUCAAUGAAGAGAUCCACACGCAGUUCUUGGAUCACCUUCUGACGGGGAUCGAGGAUAUCUGUGGUCACUACGGGCAUCACCACUGGAAGGACAAGCUGAAUCGCUUCAACAAGAAGUAUGUGAAGAAGUGCCUGAUUGCGGGGGAGCGAUCCAAGGAGCCCCAACUCAUCGCUUUCUAUCAUAAGAUGGAGAUGAAGCAGGCGAUUGAGCUGGUGGAGAGUGGGGGCAUAGGCAAGAUCCCCUCUGCUGUCUCCACCGUCUCUAUCCAGAACAUCAACCCCAAGACCCUCCCCGUGGAGCGCAUCCUUCCAGCCCUGUCCAAGGACAAGGAGGAGGAGAUCCGCAAAAUCCUUCGCAACAACCUGCAGAAGACUAGGCAGAGGUUGCGAUCCUACAACCGGCACACGCUCGUGGCCGACCCCUACGAAGAAGCCUGGAACCAGAUGCUCCUGCGGAGGCAGAAGGCCCGGCAGCUGAAACAGAAGAUGAACAACUACCUGACAGUGCCGGCUCACAAGCUCGAUUCACCUACCAUGUGCCGGGCUCGCAUCGGCUCAGACCCUCUGGCCUACGAACCCAAGACGGACUCGGAGAACCUACCCAUCAUCACCAUCGACCCAGCCUCCCCGCAGUCCCCGGAGUCUGUGGACCUGAUGAACGAGGAGCCCAAGGGCUGUGGCGGCCUCCCACCAUCGCCCGAGGAGGACGAGGAGGGGCUGGUGAUGCGGGUGAAGGAGCCUUCCUCCCCGGGGACCGAUGACGUCUUCACCCCAGGGACCAGUGACAGCUCCAGCAACCAACGGAUGCUGCGGUGUCUGAGCGACCCGGGUCCUCGGCCGGAGCCGGAGGAAGGGGAACCCUUCAUCCCCAAGGGGCAAUAGCAGCACGAAGCCUCACGCCAUGCUCCAUACAAUUUCUCUUUCUCUUCAUUUGUUCUUCUUUCCUUGCUCUCCCUUUUGGUUUCCUCUGUCACUACACACCGGGUUCGGGAAGGGGAGACCAUCCUGGAUGGACUGGGAUUGCCAGGACAGCUCUGCCCAGCAAGCCCUGGGCUGGUCCCGAGGAGCGGAGAAGGAGCCUCGGGAUGCACCAGGCUUUUCGAAACGUCGUUAACCUGGGGGUGACAGACGAUUUACCGCCCAGCUCUGGGAUUUGUGGGUGCCUCGCAGCCCCAGCGGGGGCUUUUCCGGAGGCUGCCCACCCACUCAGGACCUGUGAGCGGCUCCUCGGGGCGGCUGUGGCCAGCGCAGCAUGGGCUUUGGCCAAGGAGCUGGGGGCAACCGUGGAGGCUGCCCCCAAAGGCACAGCUUCUCCGCUCCUCAGCUUGCGUUUUACCAGCCUCCUCGCCUUGCUCUGGAGCAGAGGGAUGUGAAAACAGGAGCCAGGCUCUGUGCCGGGGUUGGCACAGCCACCACCUCACCGCAGGGACGCUGCGCUCGUGCCGCUGCUCCCUGCCUCGGCCGUUCCCCUGCGGUGACCUCUUCUCCGGCCGCACAUUUCACGCCAGGUCUUGUUAAAUAAAUAUCCUAUAGCCAUGCAAGGGGGGAGCUGGGUCCCCCCUCGCUUUGAGCGGCCCCCCGCGAACCUGGGCCUCUCUGUUUCUCCUGGAACUGCUACCUGUCCCCCAUCGCCGCGGGGACCCUCGGCCAGCCUCGACCCCUCACCCUGUGCCUGCCUGGCAGCGCGGCAGCAGCACCGGCUGCUCCUUAACCAAAGACGGCGUCCGGACUCCCUGGGCACAAGGAUGGGGUGUGCAGGGGGUUGUUUUUCUCUCCUUGCAACCAAGAGGAGCUCAGGAAGAGCUGGGAGCGAGCUUGCCCUGCGUGGGGACGCGUUGGGGACAGGAGGUUGGCAGGAUGGGGACAGCUGGGUGUAUCAGCGAGUCCUGAGCUUGGAAGUAUGUAUCUUUCCCCAAGGUUUCGUUGGGAUGGAGCUGGGUGUUGAGGUGGCUUAUAGCCCUCCCCGGGCUCAGGGAUGUCCCGCAUCAUGCUCAAGCGUGUCACUUUGUCCCCCAAAUGCCGCUCGGCUCCCACCGUGUGCCACCCUUCGCCAUGGGCGCUGCCUCUCCCACGCCGCAGGGUGCCCGUCGUCCCCGUCUCCAUGCCGUGCCUUGCCCCACGCCGUCUCUGCCCCGCUGCCUUGGGCACCCGCCCUACACGUCUACCCACUCCGUGUCCCAAUGGGGACCCAGGGGACCGGCAUCCGCGCAGCUUCGUCACACCAGGGCAAGAGCCCCCAUCGCUACCUGCACCUGCCUGCCUGCCCUGCUCCGUCUCCAGGAGGAAAACAGCAAUGAGAAUUCUCUUGUAUAAAAAGGAGAAAAAAAAAAAAAAGACAACAAACCCACACGUGUAAAGAGAAUCUUGGUUUUUAUCAUGAAUAUUCUAAUAAAUUAAUGUUAAUUUUU